UUGUUUACUCCAGCGUUCAGCUUUGUACGAAUCUGACGCUACCCCCGUAUUAGAUAAGUAUUCAAUAUGUAUAAAUUGUUCAAAAAAGAGGUGUUACGCGUACUGGUAGCUAUUUGACGCGUUUGAGCAAUGAGAGACACUUGGCUACCAAUAAGAGUCAAGAUGUGGUUUCUUCGGCGGAUGUUGUGAUUAUUGGUGGUGGUAUUGCUGGGUGCAAUACGCUGUACCAGCUUACUAAACGAGGUGUGAAUGCUGUGCUACUUGAGCGAGCGAAAGUCACCAGCGGGACGACCUGGCACACAGCAGGUCUGGUGUGGUCGCUGCGCCCUUGCGACCUCGAAGUGAAGUUGCUGCAGGAUUCUCGCCGAGUCUAUGAGGGUCUUGAGAAGGAAUCCGGCGAUUACGCGGGCUGGAUUAAUAAUGGAGGAAUGUUCAUCUCACGUAGCAAGGUGCGAACUCAAGAAUACAUGAGACUGCACACGCUUGGCAAAGCACUAGGAAUCCCAAGCGACGUGCUGGACCCCCACGAAGCUCAGAAGCUCUUCCCCCUGCUGGACCCGACGGUCUUCCAAAUGGCGCUGUAUUCCCCGCUGGACGGGACCAUCGAUCCUGACAUGGCGUGCAGAGCGCUCAUCAAGGUUGCCACUCAGAACGGAGGAAAGGUGUAUGAAAACUGCCCGGUGCACGACAUACACUACUCGCACAACAUACUCGGCAACAAGGAGGUGACCGGCGUGCAUACUGACCAGGGGUUCAUCAGGACCAAGUGCGUCGUCAACUGCGGAGGUGCAUGGGGACCGCGUGUGGCGCGCUUCGCGGGCGUUCCCGCUCUGCCGCUCAUCCCCUUUAAGCACGCUUACGUCGUCAGCGAAGCCAUUCCAGAAGUCCGCAACUGCCCCAACAUCCGGGACCAUGACGUCAGCCUGUACUUCAAGAUACAGGGAGAAAGCUGUAAUAUUGGAGGAUACGAGAAUAACCCGAUUGUGCUUGACGAGCUUUCGGACCAUCAACAAUUCCACCUGUACGAUUUGGACUGGGACGUAUUCGGGGUCCACAUGGAGAGUGCCGCGUCGCUAUGCCCCAAACUCGCUGGUAUCGGCGUAAAGAGCACAGUAUGCGGACCGGAAUCCUUCACGCCCGACCACAAACCGCUGUUGGGAGAAGACCCUAAUGUUUUCGGUCUCUACCACAACUGCGGUUACAACUCCGCUGGUAUGAUGUUCUCGGCUGGCUGUGGCGUUCAGAUGGCGGAGUGGAUUCUCACUGGCAGGCCCCAAUACAACAUGUUUACCUUCGACAUUCGCCGCUUCUCGCCCGCUCAAAUGUCGCGCUCACACUGGGUCCGAGAGAGCAGCCACGAGGCGUAUGCUAAGAACUACAGCGUUGUCUUCCCUAAUGAUGAGAAGCUAGCUGGCCGAGAUACUAGCCACGAUGCCUUACAUCAGGAGUUGGUUGAAGACGGGGCUGUUAUGCAGAGCAGGGGUGGCUGGGAGCGCCCAGGGCUCUUCCUUCCCGGACAGAUCGUGCGAGUGCAGCAGUACGAUUGGUAUGGCAGCAACAACUUCCCUAAGAACACAGACACGCGAUACGAAGAGAUAGUCAAAGGGGAUUACUCUUUCGAUUUCUCCAAGCACUUCCCUAUCAUCCAGGAAGAAGCCCUGGCGUGCAGAAAUGGCGCUGCUCUGUUCAACAUGUCUUAUUACGGCAAGUUCUACAUCACCGGGCCCGACGCGCAAAAGACUGCCGAACUCGCGUUCACUGCUGACCUGUCUAAGAGAGAUGACAAGGUCGUAUACACACUGAUGUUGAACGACAAGGGCGGCGUAGAGGCUGAUGUGACAGUCAGCAUCCUGGACGGCGGCAAAGGCCAGCUCCACGAACCGGUGUUCAAGGGUCGCGGGUACUACGUAGUGACGAGCGGAUUCAGCGCGCCUCACAGCCUCGCGCAUCUACGAAGGCUCAUCAACACACACAAGCUUCGCGCCACCAUCACUGACGUCACUAAACAGCUGUGCAUACUCAGCGUGCAAGGCCCGCACAGCCAGAGAAUCCUCCAACGCUUCACCGACGCGGGUCUUUCAAACGACGCAUUCCCCGUGAGCACUCACCGUAGCAUUCACCUCUCAAAGGCGCCCCACUCGCCCGACAACAAGACUUAUACAUGCAGAGCGCUACGCAUCGGGUGGUCGGGCGAGCUUGGCUGGGAGCUGCAUAUACCCUCGGCGAAUGCUGUGUCGGUAUAUAAGGCGUUGAGUCGCGCGCAUGGCUUGAGGAACGCUGGAUGGAGGGCUUUGACUUCGCUUAGUGCUGAGAAGGGCUACCACCUAUGGAACGCUGACGCGAGGUCGGACGACAACCCGGUAGAAGCCAACCUCGGGUUCGCGUGCCGCAAAGAUGGCAACUACAUCGGUAACGAACAUGUCACGCGCGCGAGGCAACAGGGCGUCACUAAGAAAUACGCUUUCUUCACACUCGACGACAAGGUAGCGCUUUUUGGCCAAGAAGCCAUAUUCAGAAACGGUGAACCAGUAGGGUACCUCCGGCGUGGCGACUACGGUUACUACCUGGACAAGCCGAUCGGCAUCGGCUACGUCAACAACAAGGGCUCCGUAGUCACUAAAGACUACCUCGAAAGCGGCGACUACGAAAUCGAAGUAAUGGGCAAAAGAUACAAGGCUACGUUACAUAAGAAAUCUCCCUUCGACCCCUCUGGCCAAAGGAUACUUGGCAACUAUGGAUGUGUAGACGAGAAUUCGCAUGAUCCUCAUGCGGGACAAAACGAAAAGGCUGGCGGUGUAGAAUAAUAAGUCUGAUCUCAAUAAACUUUUAACAUAGUU